AUGUAUUCAGGUCAUAACUCUUCUUGGGGAUGGAAAAGUAUUCUUGUGGGAAGAAAAGUGCUCCUUAGUGGGCUUCUUUGGCUUGUGGAGAAAGGAGAUAACAUCGAUGUGUGGAAAGAUAACUGGAUCCCAUCCUCGCCGAGCUUUAAAGUGGUUUAUCCUAGACCGGCAGAGUGUCCCUUUUCCAAGGUUUAUGAUUUCAUUGAUGAGCCAAACCGUAGUUGGAAGGUGGAUCUCUUGGAUCAAUAUUUUCACCCAUCUGAUAAAGAAAGGAUCUUAGCUAUAAAUCUUAGUCUCUAUUCUAGAGAGGACUGCCAGGUGUGGGGUGGGGCAAGAAAUGAGAUUUUCUCUAUAAAAACUGCCUACCAUCUCUUAACUAACCUUCGAGAUCAGCAAUUGUCAGUCCAAGCCUCGUCAUCUAGAAGACAUGAAUGGGAAGAAAUAUCUGGGGAGGUGUGGAAGAGAAUCUGGAAUGGGAAAUCUCUCCCUAAAAUCAAAGCUUUUCUUUGGAGAUGUUGUGCCCAAGGAAUUGCUACUGGAGAGGGCCUUAGGAAACGCCAAAUUCCCAUUGAUCCGAGUUGCAAAAGAUGUGGAGUUGAGGUGGAAACUAUUGAUCGCAUUCUAUUGGAUUGUCCAUUCGCGAGAGCUACGUGGUUCGGCAGCAAUCUCUCCUUUGUUGUGCCUGCUGAAGGAUCUCCAAAAAUCUCUCCGUUUCUGCAUCAUUGGAAUCGUUUCCAAUUUCCUAGCAAGGAGAAAAGCAAGGAGAUUUUCAGCUUUGCUUCCUUUGUGUGUUGGUUUUUAUGGCUAGCUCGAAACAAGUUAAUUUUCAAAGGAACUGUUUCUCCUCCAGUUGAAGUCGCUAGUAAAGCUGAGCGGGCUUGGUUUGAGUUCUGGGAGACUGAGGGUUCUCCUCACAAAGUCGUUUCAAGAAAUUCGGUGGACCUUCAGCCGAUGCCUAGAUGGCUCCCUCCUCCAGAAAACUUUGUGAAAUUGAAUAGUGAUGCAGCAUUACCUCUGGAUUCCUCUUUAGGUGGUUUGGGCUUCAUCUUUAGAGAUGUCAAUGAGACAGUGCGAGGAGCUUGUUCAUGUCUUGUCCCUUUCUCGGAAUCUCUGUCAGCUCAAGAUCAUGUUACUUCCAAUUCCCCAACUUUUACCCUAACUGAAUACCAUGAGCUGCUUAAAUAUGGGAGGCAUGCUAUCAUGUGUGAUGGAAUUCACAGGGAGCAUGUGCAGGAAGCCGAGGCAAGAGCCAUGUACCAGGGAUUACAAAGAGCAAGAGAAUUGGGAGCUACAACCAUAGGCAUCUAG